GGGGCUUUUUUAAGAAUAAAACUCACUGUGACUAUGGUGAUUUUACACCAAAGGCCCUUGAAGAACAGUUGGUUACUACAGCUGUUCCUGCUGCAUGAAGCCUGGAAAAUGGGGAGAGGGCAGCUGCGUUACUCUGUACCAGAAGAAUCCCAGCCCGGUACUUUUGUGGGCCAGCUAGCCCAGGACCUGAGACUGGAGGUGGAGGAGCUUAUGCCCCGGAUGUUUCAGAUGAAGUUUCAAGGCCGUGGAAACUACUUAAAGGUAGAUAUGCAGAAGGGAAUUUUAUUUGUUAAUUCCCGAAUAGACCGAGAAGAACUGUGUGCCAAGACUGCUGUAUGCACCAUUCACCUAGAAGUGAUCCUGCAUAAACCUCUGAGGGUUUUCCAUGUGGAGGUGGAGAUUGAAGAUAUCAAUGAUAAUGCUCCUAUAUUCACAGCAGCUGAGCAAAACCUGAGUGUUUCUGAAUCUAGGCUUCCAGAUUCAUCGUUCUUAUUAGAAGGAGCCUUUGAUGAUGAUAUAGGUUCCAACUCCCAGCUCAGCUAUAAAAUCAGCCCAAAUGGACAUUUCACCUUGGAUGUUCUAAACAAUGAGGAACACGGUGAGUCUUUAGUCCUUGUGCUAAGAAAACCUCUUGAUAGAGAGUUAACCCAUGUAUAUAAUUUAUUGCUCACAGCUACUGAUGCAGGCAAACCAGAGCAAACUGGAACUGCUCUGUUGGUGAUCAAUGUGCUAGAUGCAAAUGACAAUGCACCAGUUUUUAAUCAAACUGUGUAUAAAAUAAAACUUUUUGAAAAUGCAAAAAAGGGAACACUAAUUAUCAGUCUCAGUGCAACUGAUCUUGAUGAAGGGAUUAACAAAGACCUUACAUAUGUAAUUAGAAACGUUAAUCCACACCAUUUAGGUGCAUUGAUUAAUUUAGAUCCCAGCAAUGGACAAAUAAGAUUAAAUGGGGAGCUUGAUUUUGAAAGCAUUAAAGUAGGAGAAAUUGGAAUAGAGGCAAUAGAUAAAGGCUCCCCUCCAAUGAAAGGACACUGUAAAGUUCUGAUUGAGGUAUUUGAUGUAAAUGAUAAUGCACCAGAAGUGUCAAUCUCAUGCCUAUCAGUACCAAUGUCAGAGGGCUCCCCACUAGGGACAGUGGUGGCCCUGCUCAGUAUUUCUGAUAGAGACUCUGGUAGCAAUGGACAAGUAAGCUGCUCCUUGUGGCCUUCUGACCUUCCAUUCAAACUUUCAUCUAGUUUUAAGAAUUAUUAUUCACUGGUGCUGACUGAGCCCCUGGAUCGGGAACAGAUAUCUGAAUAUAGGAUAGUAGUGGUGGCCCAAGAUCAAGGGGAUCCAUUGCUUUCAACCACCAGCAACCUGAUUGUGCCCAUCAGUGACAUAAAUGACAAUGCACCUAUAUUCACACAGCAUAGCUAUAUUGCCUUCAUGAAGGAGAACAAUCCACCUGGUGCUCACAUUUUCACGAUAUCUGCCUCAGACCCAGACAUGGCUGAAAAUGCGCAGGUCAGCUAUUGGAUAGAUGAGACACACAGAUCACUGUCCAGCUACAUCUCCAUACAUUCAGAGAGUGGAAAGCUCUAUGUGUUACUGCCCUUGGACUAUGAGGAAGUGAAACUUCUGGAGUUCCAGGUGAGAGCCAAAGAUUCUGGACUGCCCUCUUUAUGUGCAAAUGUGACAGUGCAAGUAUUUGUGAUGGAUGAGAAUGACAAUGCACCUGCAGUGUCUGGAUCAGAAGAGGUUCCUGUUUUACUAGAAUAUCCAUUGGCCGCUGGCCACGUGGUGGGCAAGAUCCAUGCUGUUGAUGCUGAUGCAGGCUACAAUGCAUGGCUGUGCUAUGAACUGCUUGAAGCAACAAACAGCCUAUGGCAAAUUGGGCUAUAUAAUGGUGAGAUCAGUACCACACGUAACUUAGAUGAACGAGAAGGCAGUAGCAGUCAGAAUCUACUAGUGCUGGUGAAAGAUCAUGGCCAACCAGUGCUGUCUGCCACAGCAACAUUCAGUGUGUCACUGAGAGUUAAUCUUCAAGCUGUUCACAUGGAUACCCAACAUCUUGGGCUGGGAAUGAACCCAGGGCCUUUGGCAGACAAUUCCAACAUCUACUUAAUCAUUGCCAUCUGUUUAGUGUCUAGCUUAUUCCUGUUGGUGACUGUAUUAUGCAUGGCCCUGCAAUGUCAGUCUCUUCCCAACGGGAGAGCAAUAUAUGGUCCUGGUACAGCUACAUUGGUUUGUGCCAGUGAAGUGGGUAGCUGGUCAUAUUCAAAUCGUCACAGCCACAUCUUGACAGCUACUACCAGGGAGGCUAGUGCAAAGAACGACUUGAUGGUUUUCAGCCCCAAUAUUCCCGGGUUUACAGACAAUGAAGAAGAGUACAAUAGGAAGGAACUAAUCCCAGCUUCACUCGGGCAGGUGGAAUCUACCACGGUAGCAACGGGGAGGCAGCCUGGCGUGCGACAGAGGGAGAAAUCUCAAACCCCUGAGAGGCUGAGAGUAGUGGAGGUGAAAAUGGAAUCGGUGGAGUAUCUGCUAAAAAACCUGUCUUCGGCGAUGGGCGGCCAGGCUACUGAACGUGGGACGAGGAGAGGCAGCGACACUACACGCGAGGCCAGUGUAUCUGAUGUGGAAAAGUGGGACAUUGAGCCGCAGACUGCCCAAAAACCAGGGCUGGAGAUCAAGCGACUAAAGCGCCAACCAAAUCGCCCACCCCCAUCGCGACGGAUGACAGCGGCCAAGGGGACUACUGACGUCGAAGAAGAGAUUUACUUCUCAGGAGAGGCUGAUGUUGCCUCUAUAUUCGGCGAUUCUGUGCGCCUAGUUCCGCGCCGCUCCAGUGCCUUCUCCCUCCCGGAGACCCUCGCGAUACAGGAGGAAGGGCUACGGAUCUCGCCGUUGUGGAAGAGGCCUCUAAGCGGCGCUGUGGCCCAGGGUGGACUCGAUCUGCCGGGAGCUGAGCGGGAAGGAAGCCAGGGAAAAAGAAUGCGGGUCUAUUUAAUGGUGUGCUGUCUUAUUUUCUACACCGUGCAUGGACAAGUAGAGUACUCCAUCGCCGAAGAAACUGAGCGCGGCGCGCCAGUCGGGAACCUUGCAAAGGAUUUGGGCAUUGAUGCGGCUAGGCUGCCCUCCCGCAGAUUCCGCAUGAUCACCAGCUCAAGUAAGCAAUAUUUCAGCCUCAACGCGAGCACCGGAGCUUUGUCUGUUAACGAACCCAUCGACAGGGAAGAGAUCUGUGUACAAAAGCCUACCUGCUCUCUGAAUUACAAGCUCGUGUUAGAAACCCCCCUGGAGCUUUAUAAAGUGCAGUUUAAAAUAUUGGACGUGAACGAUCACGCUCCCACUUUUCUGCUAGAUGAAUAUCAUGUGAAUGUGGCCGAGUUCCUGGCUCCGGGAGUUCGGUUCACCCUCCCUGUUGCCCAAGAUCUCGACGAAGGCAUCAACAGCGUCCAGAGCUACACGCUAAGCCCCAACCAGCAUUUCCGAUUGGAAAUGCAGACUCGUGGGGAUGGGAGCCGAUAUCCUGAACUGGUACUAGAAAAGCCCUUGGACCGGGAGCAGCAGGCCACACACAGGCUUACUAUCACAGCUAAAGAUGGAGGGAGCCCCCAGAGGUCUGGAGAUGCUCAGGUUGUGGUAACCGUCCUGGACACAAAUGACAAUGCCCCUACUUUUGAGCAUUCUGUCUACAGGGCCAGUGUGUUGGAAAACUCUCCUAGAGGCACUCUGGUCACUCAGGUGCAAGCCACAGACUUAGAUGAAGGUCAGAAUGGAGAGGUCUUCUACUCAUUUAGCAACAGCACGUCCCCUGAGCUACAGAAGAUGUUCAGCAUCAACCCCCAGAAUGGCGAGAUAAAAGUCAGUGGUGCUUUAAAUAUCCAAAAGCCCCUGCUCGAGAUGUUCAUUGAAGCAAGGGAUAAAGGAGUCUUCGGCAUGUCCAGUGUAGCCAAACUGUUGGUGGAAAUAACUGAUGUGAACAACAAUGCCCCCGAGAUUACACUCACCUCGCUGUCCAGCCCCAUCCCAGAGGAUUCUCUACUGGGCACAGUGGUGGCUCUUUUGAGCAUUACUGAUGAAGAUCCUGGAGAGAAUGGGGAAGUCAUUUGCAAGAUUCCUGUUGACAUCCCCUUCCAACUCAAGUCCUCUUUUGAUAGUUACUACAGUCUGGUCACUAGUGGCCUUCUUGAUCGGGAACAGGUCAGUGAAUACAACAUUAUGGUCACUGCCUCUGAUCUGGGUUCCCCUCCCAUUGCCACUCAGAAAGCCCUGUGGGUGCAAAUUGCAGAUGUGAAUGACAAUCCUCCCAAAUUCCUCAACCAGAUGCGUGAAAUUUACAUAACAGAAAACAAUAAGCCCGGGGUGUCUCUUUUCCAGAUGUCAGCCUCUGAUCCAGACCUUGGGGAGAAUGGUCGGGUAUCUUACUUUCUCAGGGACAUUGACAUCCAGGGCAGUUCCUUGUCCAGCUAUUUGGCCAUUGAUGCAGACAGUGGAAUCAUCUAUGCAAAAGACACUUUUGACUUUGAACAACUCCAGAAUUUUCAUUUCCAAGUGGAGGCAAAGGACAAUGGCUUCCCAAUACUGACUGCCACUUUUAUUGUCAGUAUUACAAUCCUAGACCAGAAUGACAAUGCCCCAGUCAUCCUGUACCCAGAUGUGAGGAAUGGUUCAGUGGCAGUGGAAAUUGUGCCACGCUUGGCAGAUGCCAACUAUUUAGUGGCCAAGGUGGUGGCCCAUGACCCAGACAGUGGGCAGAAUGCUUGGCUUUCCUACCACCUCCUGCACUGUUCGGACAGAACCCUAUUUCAGGUUUCACCAAAUGCUGGGGAACUUAGGACUAGUCGCUCAAUGAGAUCUAGUGACCCUAUCAAGCACAAAGUGGUGGUCUUGGUGACAGACAGUGGGGAGCCUUCCCUCUCCUCCAGUGUAACUCUGGGCAUCCUACUAGCUGACACACUCCCACAAGCACUCCCAGACUUUGAUGACAGUCUGGAAGCACAUGGGCAGCAGCUGUCCAGCUUGAACUUCUACUUGAUCAUUGCUCUGGCCUGCCUUUCCCUUGUCUUUUUUGGAUUUAUCAUUUUCCUUUUUGCUAUUCGACUUUUCCAUUGUAGGACUAACCCCUCUUGCAGUUGUUGCUGCCCCACGGAUGAGUAUGAGAAGUACCGGUACAAUGUGCGCAUGCUCCCAAGCUCUCAUUUUACCCCAGAGAUGGUUGAGGUUGCAGGGAUGGGGAAGCUUACGCACACCUAUUUAUAUAGGGCAGCCUUAGGUGUAGGAACUAGCAAUAACAACUUGAUGCCCAACAGAGAUGCCGGGAACCUUUCCAAGGGGGCGGGAUUAUUGCAAGUGCCAGCAUCCUGCAUUCAAGUACAGAAGGUGAAGAGUGACCAUUUUAAUGCCAUUCUGGUGCCAAAACCGCCCAAUCCUGAUUGGCGUUAUUCUGCAUCUUUAAGAGCUGGAAUGCAAGGUGCUGUACACAUGGAAGAGACAGGAGGCCUACGUGUUGGAUCAGGAGGACCCGAGCAGCAGUGGCCAACAGUAUCCAGUGCAACAACAGAACCUGAAGCUGGUGAAGUGUCUCCUCCAGUGGGAGCUGGAGUGAACAGCAACAGCUGGACUUUCAAAUAUGGGCCUGGUAAUUCCAAGCAGCCCGGUCCCAGUGAGUUGCCAGACAAAUUCAUUAUCCCAGGAUCUCCUGCCAUCAUCUCCAUUCGUCAAGAUCCACCAAACAGCCAAACUGAUAAAAGUGACUUCAUAACCUUUGGCAAGAAGGAAGAGACCAAGAAAAAGAAGAAAAAGAAGAAGGGAAACAAGGCUCAGGAUAAAAAAGAAAAGAACAACAGCGCCACUGACAACAGUGACCAGUGAGGGGUUUAUACUGAACAAUAGAUUUAGCCAAUUUUUGUAAUCUUGGAAGAGCUCUCCCAUGUAGCAACUCCUAACUUCUUCCUACUGUUAACCAAUUUCCUGUAUGUGCAAGACUUCAAAAAUCUGCAGGGAAUUCACAAUGUCUUUUGCUUAACAGGUUUUGUCUUGAAAGCUUUAUCACGCCUGACAUUAACUGUUUUUCUCCACCCUGGCUUAUUUUCAGAAUCUAAAAAGCAGACCUGUUUCCUUUCUCCUACUCUGGAGAGGAAACUUUUCACGACACAGCCCAAGCAAAAUUGGACUCUGUAACCCUAUCCUGAUGACAGAUAUGGGAGUGGGGAGUUAAACAGUUUUGUUAUUGUGCACCCUGUAUCUGAUUGAAAACUCCUGUGCACUGAUGGUUGGCUAGGUGAUGCAAGGUCAGAUUAAUAUGAUGCAAAAGCACUCGCAAAACAUGAACAAAUUAAAUUACUUGUUAAAUUAAUGUGCAGAGCUGUGUGCCCGGGGAUCUACCUUAAAUUUGUGAUUAUUUUGUAUUCCACCAGAUUUAUUCAUGUAUGUUGUGAGUGCAAGCUUUUAUAUAUUUUAUAUGCACACUCCAGCAAAAAAGAAAGAUUAACUCAGACAACUCAUAUGAGAAACCAUGAAGUAUGUCUGCUUCCAAGCCAUUGGCCAUAUUGCCGCAACAAGGCCUUUGAUCUCCUAGCAAGGAUGUCCCUCAGGGAACGUCUGCAUGGCAACCUCCCAUAUCCUUGACUCACUACUGUAGAGCUAAACAGGGUGUGUGGAAAAUCUCCCUCUUGGAAAAAAAAACACAAAUAACUUUGGAGAGUGGGGAUUCCUUAUUCACAUCUUGUGUUCAGCUGUGUGGACAGAAGUGUUUCUAUAACCCAGACAACUGGAUGUCCCUCUGGGGCAUGUCCGAGGCUGUUAUGAAACCACUGUGCUGACAUGCUCACAGAGUUUAACAAA